AUGAGCAACAAUGACACUACAAAGAAGCAAAUGGAGAGCAGCAAAAGACCAAUAGAAGAUGAAAAGCCAACAAAGGCAGAUGAAGCCGAGGAUCAAGUUGUGACGCCAAACAAGGACACUGAGAAACUCAAAGAGAAGAACAACCAGCCACACAGUUCAAAAGAAGUGAUUCAGGGACAACAGCAAGUGGGAAAGAGCAUCACACCUCCACUACCAUAUCCCCAGAGGUUCAGCAAAGAAACUAAGGACCAACAUUUUCAUAAGUUCCUUGAGACUUUCAAGAAGCUGGAGAUCAAUAUUCCCUUGGCUAAAGCACUUGAACAAAUGCCUCUGGCUUUGAUUCAAAAAGGGCUUCCUCCUAAGCUUGAAGACCCUGGGAGCUUCUUGCUGCCUUGCACCAUUGGGGAAUUAACCAUCACUAAGGCAAUGUGCAAUCUAGGAGCAAGUAUUAACUUAAUACCCUCAUCUUUGAUGAAAAAGCUGCAUAUAGAGGAAGUUAAACCGGUACAGAUGUCUCUAGAGCUGGUAGACAAGUCAAUGGUAUACCCCAGGGGUGUGAUUGAAAACCUUUUAGUCAAGGUGGACAAAUUCAUAUACCCUGCAGGCUUUGUGGUUUUAGACUCAAAUGGGGAUGAAAGUGAUUCCAUCAUACUUGGGAGACCUUUCUUGGCCACUGCUAGGGCUAUCAUAGACGUAGAGCAAGGAGAAUUAACUCUCAGGAUGCAUGAGGAAAGCAUUAUCCUGAAAGUGUUUCUAGAACCACAAAUUAGUGAAGAGGGAAGCAAG